CGAAGCUAAUGAGUAGUUUUCGGAAAAAAAGAAUUAAAAUUAAGAAAAAAAAAUAUUCAAUACAAUAUUUGGAAAAACGGCUGUGCAAUUUUUGUGAUAAAUAAUUUUUAUAUAAGAAAUAAAAGAAAAAAAUAAAUAAAUAAAUAAAGUGAAACAAUUUGAUUUAAAUAAAUUUAAUUAUAUAAUUUUAACAUUUUAAUUAAAAAAAUUUUUAAGCAAGUUUGAAAGCAGAGAAAUUUAUAAUGAAAUUUGGCAAAAUAAGUAAAAAAGGAGUAAUAUUUACUGCUAUUGGGAUAGUUGUUAUAGUAGCAAUUGUUGUCGCUCUAGUUUUUGCUUAUAAGACAGAUUCAAUUACAGAACGUGGUGCUGUUGUGUCAAAUGGAUAUGAAUGCUCUAAAAUUGGAAUUUCAAUUUUAUCAAAAGGAGGAUCAGCUGCUGAUGCUGCCAUAGCGACAUUGUUUUGUGAAGGAGUUGUUUUACCACAAAGCAUGGGCUUAGGUGGAGGAUUUGUUGCAACUAUUUACACUAAAUCAGAAUAUGAAGUAGAAUCUUUAAUAGCAAGAGAAGCAGCACCUUUACGAUCUCACAAGGAUAUGUUUGAAAAUACAACUGAAAUUACAGGUGGCAUAUCAGUUGCGGUACCAGGCGAAUUACGAGGUUAUUGGGCUCUUCAUAAGGCACACGGAAAAUUACCAUGGGCCGACUUAAUAAAACCUACAAUUAAUUUAGCACGAACUGGAGUCCGUGUAUCAGCAUAUUUAGCUAAAUCAUUAGAAAAAUACAAAAGUAUAAUUAUGGAUGAUCGAAAUAAUUUUCGAGAAAUAUUUAUUAAUGAGGCAACAGGUGAUGUUUGGAAAGAGGGUGACAUUAUGAAAAGACUGCGGUUAGCUGAUACUUUGGAAGAAAUAGCUGAAAAGGGAGAAGGUGCGAUAUAUGGUGGCGAAAUUGGUAAAAUGUUGGUUGAAGAUAUCGAAAGUAGAGGUGGAAUUAUACAAGAAAAAGAUUUAUUAGACUACAGUGUUCGUUGGGAAAAACCUGUAAAAGUAGCUAUUGAUGAACAGCACACUUUAUAUACUGUAUCAGUACCGGGUAGCGGAAUAAUUCUUACUUUCAUUUUAAAUUUAAUACAAAGUAUGAGAACAGAUGAUCGUAAUGUAUUUCAUCAAAGAAUAGUUGAGGCGUUUAAACAUGGUUAUGGGCAAAGAACAAAGUUAGGUGACCCUAAAUAUUCACCAGAAGCGUUGGAAAUAAUUAAAAACUUGGAAGACCCAGAAUUUGUCAAAGAAAUUCGUAAAAAAAUAUUUGACAACAAAACUUUCACAGAUUACAGAUACUAUGGUGCUAAUUUCUCAAAUGUCGAGGAUCACGGUACAGCAAAUUUGGCGGUUUUAGCUCCAAAUGGUGAUGCAGUAGUCGUAACUAGCACCGUUAAUACUAUAUUCGGUGCAAAAUUUCGUUCGAGAACAGGUAUUAUUUUAAAUGAUGAAAUGGAUGAUUUUUCGGUCCCAGGAAGAGUUAAUGGUUUCGGAAUUCCACCUUCACCGGCUAAUUUUAUCGAAAAAGGUAAAAUUCCAAUGUCUUCAAUGUGUCCAUCUAUUAUUCUUGAUGAAAGAGGUGAUGUACGUCUUUUAAUAGGGGCCGCUGGUGGAUCUAAGAUUACAACAGCCGUAGCCUUGAGUAUAAUUAGAUAUUUUAUGUUGAACCAAAACCUUAAUGAUUCUAUCCAAGGAGACAGGCUCCAUCAUCAAUUGGCUCCAAAUUUAAUACAGUUUGAGACCAAUUUCGAUAAAGAAAUUUUCAACUUUUUGAAUAAAACUAUUAAUCAUGCAGUAGAAAUAGUACCGGAAAAUAUUGGUUUCGCUGCUGUUACUGCUAUUGGUAACUUACAUAACGAAAUGAGCGCUGUUUACGAUAGAAGAAGAAAGGGUAGCUUUGAAGUAAUGGAAAUAAAUAAGUCUUCAGAAUAGAUUUAGUUUAGGAAUAAAUUUAUUUAUUUAUUUUAAGUACCUAUAACAACUACAAAGACAAUUUAGUUUUUAUGUAUGUUUUAAUUAUAUGAAUGUAUAUGUAUUAUUAAAAACAAACAAAAUAUAGUUUUGUC